UCCAGAUAUACGAUAUGCCUCGUGAAAACAAAAAGCGAGGUAGACGCGAGGAGGCGAAGAACAAUAAGCGAAAACUCGAGGAGGCCGACUCGGAUUCUUCCAAGCGCUUCAAGCCCAACGACGAGCACGAAGACGUAGUGGCCGAAGAUGUCAACGUCAGGGGCGACGCCGGAGAUGAUUACAUAGGAAUCGACAUUGCUCCUAACGGUGGGGGCCUGGAAAUGCAAGAAGAGGACCAGUUUCACGGUCUUCUUGAUCCUCAGGAACAAGAAUAUUAUGCGAAUGUCAACAGUAAAAUCGUGGCAAAUGAUUUCGAGUCGGAUGAAGACCGUGCUAUCUUCAUAGAAGCCGUGUAUCGAGAAACAGAAGGCAAAGAACUCAAAGUCGCCUCCAGUCAGUCGUGCUCGAGAUACCUGGAGAAAAUUAUUCUGCUAUCGACCGGCGAGCAACUGCGAAGACUUUUCGGCAAAUUCCUUGGAAACCUCACAUACCUUGUCCGUCAUCGGUUCGGUAGUCACUGCUGUGAAACAUUGUUUCUGGAGGCGGCGAAGCACGUCAGUGAACAACCAGGAAAGAGAGAAGACAACCCAGAUUUGCCAUCGACGGAAGACCUGUUCCUACGGGCAGCAGAAGAGUUCAAGCCGAAUCUGGGCUUCCUCCUUACCGAGAGAUUUGCUUCUCAUACUAUCCGAGUGCUUUUCCUGAUACUCUCAGGGGAAUCCUUAGAUGACGAAUCUACGAAGACGAUCCUUGCCAGCAAGAAAAAGGAGAAACUGGACGCUCCCGCCGUGAGUGAAAAGCAGCACUCGGAAUCUAAGCGACGUGUGCCUAAAUCAUUCGGCAAGGCGCUAGCAGAAAUUAUUGAGAGCUCAGUAUCAUCAGUCGACACCACGUACCUCAGAGCGCUAGCGACGCACCCUACCGGUAACCCUGUGCUACAGCUGUUGCUGAGAUUGGAGCUCACGCUUCACGGAAAGCACCAUCAGUCAGAGAAGAUGUCACUCUUCAAGAAAUUGCUGCCGGAUGAGGGCCUAGAAGAGGAUACGGAAAGCGCAAAAUUCAUUGCUGGGUUGAUCUACGACCCUGUCGGUUCUCAUCUCGUGGAGAUAUUGAUCCAACACCUGUCCGGCAAGACUUUUAAAAGGCUCUACAAAAAUAUCCUCAAGCUGCGACUGAACAGCAUGGUCAAGAAUGAGACGGCCAGCUACGUUGCGGUUAAGGUCCUGGAAAGAUUAGGCAAGGACGAUCUGAAAGAGGCCAAAGAGAUGAUUCUCCCAGAGCUACCCACGUUAAUCUCCCGGCGGAGGCUUGGUGUAAUCAGAGUUCUGGUCGAGCGAUGUACUGUCCGACAAGUGGAUCUUGAAGACAUUGCAGAAGUGCUCAAGUCAGGGUUUGGAAGUGACAGAGCAGCAUUCCUUCCGAAACUACUCGAAUUCGAGACUGCUAAAGUGCCACAAACGUCAGAUGGUGAUCCUGAGAAGAAGACCGCAGGUCAGACGAAUAAAACAGACGUGCACGCUUCGCUUCUAGCUCAGGCAAUUCUUCAGGUUCCAGCUAUUUGCGCGCUGGUUCAAGACAGCCUGCUAGCAGUCGACAACAACACUCUGGUUCAAAUGUGUCAGGAUCCCGCUGUCUCCCGGCUCAUCCAGACUGCACUUACACCGUCAGACUCAAACAUGCCCUUUCGGCGACGAUUCGUCCCUCAAUUCUAUGGCCACAUUGCUGAAGUUGCGCAGGAUCUGAGCGGCUCCUAUGUUGCUGAUGCGCUCUGGUCCGCUACCGACGGCUUGUUCUUCAUGAAAGAGAGACUAGCCGAAGAACUCGCCAACAACGCAAGUCAGGUGCGAGAGUCUCUAUUUGGCAAGAACGUGUGGAGAAACUGGGCGAUUGAUAUGUACCUGAGAAAGCCGGGCGAAUGGAGAGCGCUUGCAAAGGGCUAUGAUAAAGGUCAAGAUAGCGAGCUCUCGAAGGAAGAUACGAGCUCGCAAAAAAAGAAAUCUGGAAUUCAACUUGCCCGGGAGAGAUAUGCGCAGAAGCAGCUGCACGAGGCGCGAAAGAAGACUCCUGCAACUUCGGCGAAUGCCACCAUCGUGCGGACGAAUGCAUAAGAAGAUAGUGCUCGCGUGGGACAAGGCUGUGGUCUCCUUGAACUGCCAGCCUGGUGGAUUUUCGUGGCUACAAAUACACCAAAAUUGCG